UUUGCGCAGAAAAACAACAGAUUUGGCUAUGGUCUGGCCCAAUUGACAUUUUGUAAUUUUUGUGAGAUUUUAGAAUUUCACGAAUUUUCAGCCGUUCUAUUUUAAGACAAAUGACUGAUAACAGUUUUUGAGUUUUCCGUGUUAAAUUCGCAUACAGCAGUCAUGCGUUCCAUUGCUGAGUGCAGGAUUUUGCUAUGAGAUUAUUCUUGAAAAGCACGAAGGUUUUAUUCAGAAGGGUUGUUAUAGAAACUGUUUGGUAAUAUGCAAUGGAAAUACAAGGGUUGGAGAGGGCGAUGGCUGUGGGUGGUGCUGAUGCUCAUGUUGUGCCCGCUGCUGAUUGCUCAGAAGAUCGGUGACCCCUACAAAAUCCUGGGUAUAAACCCAAAGGCUACUCUACCAGAAAUACGCAAAGCUUACAGGCAACUAGCUAAAGAAUGGCAUCCAGAUAAAAAUGAAGAUCCAAAUGCGGAAACUCGUUUUGUUGAAAUAAAACAAGCAUAUGAGCUGUUGUCAGACACGGAGAGGCGACAAGCGUAUGAUAAUUACGGCAUUACGAACGAAGACGACCACCUAUACAAACAAAGGCACGACUACAGCCAAUAUGCAAGAUUUAGUAACGAUCCGUUUGAAGAAUUCUUCGGCACACAUUUCCGAACACAGGACCAAGAUAUAACAUUGUUUCACAAACUUUCUGUAACUGCACGCCACUUCGAAAACAACAUAGUAGAGAAAAGCAUACAUACUCCAGCAUUAGUCUUGUUCUACACUGACUGGUGUUUCGACUGUGUACGAUCAGCCGCCGCCUGGCGCCGUCUGGUCGAGGCAUUACAGCCGUUAGGCGUUACCAUGGCAACCGUGCACGCGGGCCACGAGGCCAGUCUGGCGAGGAGGGUGGGGGUGCAUGGAGUGCCUUGCCUGACCUUCGUGUUGGAUAAACAUAUUUAUCUGUAUAAAGAGGGGUUGUCGUCGCUGCCUAAAAUAUUGGAGUUCAUGCGUUGGAAGUUCCCAUACAAGUUGGUGAACGCGAUCGGCGACAACAACGUGGACGGCUUCGUGUCUGACUUCGAGGACAACAAGGUCAAGGCGCUGAUCUUCGAGGAGCGCCAGACCAUCCGCCUCAGAUACCUCAUCACUGCAUUCCACUAUAGAGAUAGAGUUGCUUUUGGUUUCGUAGACAUGCGGUCCCGCGACACCUCAAACGUGACGGCCCGCUACAAGGUACAGCGCCACAUCGACACCAUGGUGCUGCUGAAGGAGGACAGCGUGGAGCCCGCAGCCACUGUCAGCACCACGGAGAUACCCACGCAGACGCUGCACCAGCUCAUCGAGGCUAAUCAGAUGCUCACCCUGCCCAGGCUGUCUUCACAGAGCGUAUUAGAAAGCGUGUGCCCCGUGGAAUGGCGGGCAGCCCGGCGACGUCUAUGCUGCGUGCUGGUCUGCGGCGCGGGGUCGCCGGCCGCGGCCGCCGCGCGUCACGCACUGCGUCAGCUGGCGAGGGCUCCGCCAGAGAGGCUGCAUUACGCGUAUGUGUAUGCGCAUAAACAGCCAGCGUUUGUACAUGCUCUUGCUAAUGGAUCGGGCAGCGACAUAUCAGAAAUGGAACAUCGCAUCGUCAUCAUCUGGCGUCGCGAAGCCACUCGCAUCCAAUAUGAGUGGCUCAAUGAAACCUGGCCCAGUUGCAACCACGCCCACUGCACAACUGACCACUUCCCAUCUGACCCGGCGCUUAGAGACGAAGUGUUGAAGUACCAUGAACGAUUGAAUGAGACUAAGAGGGCCUUGGAUCAGCUGAUUAAGAGGUUAUUGAAACCUACAGAGGUUAUGGCGUAUGAAGCUCAUGUGCAGGAGCUGCUGGAUGAGGCGGCGCUGGGCACAGUGUGGAGGGCUGUGCUGAAGGUGUGCGAGUGGACGGAGCGGGCGGCGGCCGCGCUCCGCACGCAGCGCGCCAUCUCCGCGCUCUCCGUGCUCGCCACCGUCGCGCUCGUGCUCGCCGCCGGAUACCUCAUGGCGUACCUCAUUCGCGUAGAAGAAGAGUCAGUACAGCGUCAGAAAGAAGAGAGGAAGAAACAGAACUGCGCCGCUAAGAAGAACAACAACGAACCGAGCUCCGAGCUCAGACUGCACGAGUUACGCGCCGAGAAGUACAACGGACUAGUCAGGUUGUUGAAGCCCGGUUGUCGAACUAUAGUGUUGCUGGUAGACAUGCAGAGUCGCGUGCAACUGCUGUCAAAGUUCCAUAAAAUUGUGUGGCCUUAUCGCAAGAACAAGACGCUAGUGUUCGCGUACCUGUGCGUGUCGCGGCACGCGGGCUGGUUCGCGCGCGUGCUGCAGCUGUCGCUGGGCGGCGCCGAGCUGCGCCUCAACGCGCGCAACUGCGUCGGCACCGUGCUGGCGCUCAACCCGCACCGCAAGUACUUCUGCAUCUACCACGCCAAGCAUCCCGAGUGCACCAAGCCGCACAAGCGCAUGAGCCGCAUGACCCGCACGCUGGGCGGCGGCGCGCGGGACCCGGAGGCGGGCGCCUUCAUCGGCUUCCACACCGAGCCCGACUCCUCCAGCGACGACGCGCCCGACCCGCCCGUGCUCAUGCAAGAGAAUCUUCUAGACGGUCUGGAGAACUGGCUGGACCGUUUGUUCGAGGGCAGCACUCACCGCUACUACAUCAACUACUGGCCCGACAUGACCACCAAGUGAGCCACGAGCCACUGAACCACUCAGUUUUGUUUCGUCUGUGCAUGGACACCGUUAGCCGUCACUGGGAAUUUGAAAACAAAUGGUUUUUUAUAAGGUUGGUACUGCUACUCAGGUGUUAUUGAAAUGUCACAAAUCUUAUAAUGUUUAAAUUAAUUUAUUGUUCAAAAAAUCCAUGUGGGCUUCCUUUUUUAAAAGUUGAUGUUGUUUUCCAUAGACUUAAAUGUUUUAAAGAUUUUUUGUUGCAAAUAAAGAACUUAUUCCCAGUAACGUUUCAACGGUUAUUUCAAACACUUGUGUUAAUAAAAAUGAUUUCUCGUAUUUAUUUGGUCGUUGUUAAGAAAAUAUACUGCCCGGUUAUUGCCGUUUUCGACCAUAGAUUAUAAAUAAGUGUGAUAGUUAUUCGUAACGGUUUGCCUUAGAGCUGAUACCCAUGGCUAGAGCGACGACUGUUCCGAAGCGUACUUUGAUGGCUAGUAUGACUCGGACAGUUGAAAAUGACUGGAUAUUGUUGGGUUAUCUUGCUUUCUCGUGACGUGGUAACCUCGUUGAACGAUACACUCGUUCUCACGAACAAAAUGUAAUACUGAUCAAUCGCUUUGGGAACACUUCUAUUGAUAAGGGCUCGUCUGAAAAUCGGUUUAACGAACACUCGAUGAAAAUGUAUCAUUUUACCGAUCGAUACCUGAAAUGUUUCAUCUUUUACUGAUCGAAUGAUUGUCAAGUCAUUCACCAACUUUAUACUGAUAAAGCCUAUUAAUUAUCGUCUUACAAUAAAGUACUGAUGUUUACCCUAGGUAUUCUUACAAUAGGUUUCUGAUGACGUCAUAAUGGUCCAAACAUAGCUCUUGUUAUGAUGAAGUGUGUUCAAAGUCUAGGCCAAAUUGUAUUAGUGCCUAUGUUGGGUAAGUAGGCGAACUGAAUCCCUACUAUAUAGGUGUUAGAUUAGUUUUAGCUCAGGUGUUGAUUUUUGAACGUACGGGGACCGGUGUUAGGUUAUUAACUUUUUAUGUUGAAGGAUUUUUUUAUGAGUCGUCUUAUUAUUUUAUUUAAAUUCGAUAUGGGAAGUUUAUGUAAGUAUGUAUGUUUGUUUUUAAUGAUUAUAAAACAUUUUUGCAUGAAACCUGAUACAACUUACAUGACUUAAAUAACGCCAGUCCCCGUUUAAAGAAACAGUAUAAAAAACCAAACAAAUAUUAACACUUUUAUAUAAAUAAAUGAAUCUAGCUGUAAAUUAGCAGUUUGUCUUCACGAUAUCACAAUAACUAGUCUAGAGUACAAUAAAGUAAGGACAGUAUUACGGCACUGCACCUCGUUAAUGAUAAACACUGUGUCAUUACGUGUCGCCUUACUGCGAUCUCUAUUGCUAUUGUAACCGAUACAAGUUUAUAACUGUCGCAUUCAGAAAUCAGUAGCGUAUCAACUGGAGCAGUGGUUGUUAUGCCUGUAUACGAUAUAGCGCCUUAUUUUUAUUAGUUUUUGAGUGACGCCGCAAUAAGUAAAAUUAUACUACAAAAGGUUCUUUAGAUUUCUACUAUACAAUCAACUUCCCAGAAUCCUGUUUAAAGGUGAAAGAACGUGGACCAAACAUUGAAAGAUAGCAAUAGAAAUCGGUAUCUAUGGCGACACGUAAUCGCUACUUUACACGUUUUUAAAUCUUUAUACAUUCUACCUAGUAACGUUUGAUUGAGCUUCAUAAUAUCGCAUGUUGAGAGCUAGAGAACAAUAUUAUUAUAAUGCAGGGAAUCGAGGUCUUCGUAAUUUAAAUUACAUUUUAAAAAUCUUUCUUAGACCAAGUGUUGGUAUGCUGUGAACAAGUUAGAUUGUAGACUCUUAACUAAAAUAUCUUUUUUUUUUAUUAUAAUUCCUCUGUAAAUCCACACUGCCAAAUAUUUUAAUCAUACGUUUUAUUAUUAUUUUACAUACACAGGUAUGCAACUUUGCAUACAAAAUAGAAGUACCCAAGCAAGUCUUCGGAGUUGAGAGCUAAAUUUUUUUGCGCAUCUACGGUGCAGCUCAAUAAACGAUACCUAUCACCUUAUUAUAAAACGUGGUUUUAAAAAGUACUGGGUUUAGUACUAGGUGUAGAGCUUCAACUUUGUUCGAGAUAAUGAUUUAUACGUGGAGCUAAAGCCGGUAGUUUCUUUGGACCACGUUUUAUAAUAAGGUGGUUAGUGUUUUUGCAUACAAAACUUGGUCUAAGAAACAAACUUCUUAUUUUUGGGAAUUGCUAGACAAAUCGCUAUAUUGUAUUAGUGUUCAGAUAGUUAUUGUAGUCUUAACUUGUUUAUAUUUCAAUUUAAAUCUUGUUUAUGUUCCUGCGAGUGAAAUCGGUUGUCCCGAAAGUUAUACUAGUCAAAUAUAUUACCAAAUGUUAUUUUAUAAUUUAGCUAAAUAUUAUAGUUGUCGGAUGUCGCCAUAGUUAUUAAUAUAUUGAACGCCAGUUGCGGUCGAAAGAGUAUUUUAUUUCGUAAGGUAUUUACAAUCUUGUGUUCAAAUCGGAAUGAUAUAAUAAUGUGUCGAUAUGUAUAAAAUAAUUAUGUCUAUUUAAAUGAUUGCGUAUUUCUGUCCGUUGCCCGUGUUCGUAUACUAAUGUAUUUUGACUAUGACUACGUUAACAGUUAAGUAAUUUGAGUAUAUCUAUUAAUGUUCUAUCUUCAUCUGUACUUGUUUGAGCAUGACAAUUUAUUAGUUAAGUAAUCUCUUGGUUUUGAUCCCUAAUGGUGGUAAAAUAAAGUGCAUUUUUCACUAAAUGAAAUUGUUUGAUAAAUGAAAAGACAAAUUGUAUAAAUCUAACACACUGUGUAAUUAUGUGAAUGUUAACAUUGUAUCUGUUUGAUGUUGUUUAUUGGACUGGCUUUGAAGACGUAACCGUUUGUUGCUUGUUUCAUAUAUGCAACAUCAAUUUAUAUCGAAUAUCGAUCAAUAUUGCACCAAAAAGUGUUAAAAGUGGAGCAAUAACGUUGAUUCCAUAUUCCAUGUUAUUUCAACUUUAAAUUCAUUUGUAUUUAGGCAUUCAUUGUUGUUAUGAUUGCACUUGUUAAAUUUUUACUUGACCGAUCUUGCUUUAUUUCUCUCAUAUAAUAAGAUUUCGUUCUAAUGACGCGGAGACGAAUCUAGUCGUCAAUAUACCCCGUAUUUCGCAUUAGGUAUGCCAAGUUGUACCUCAAAUUGUCAUAAUAAAGAGCAAAUAUUUCCUAUAAGAGACUACCGAAUUUGAACUUUACACAAUGAAUAUAAGGUUGAUUAUGCUAAGCUUCGACUUUGCAUUCGCGUACCACGAGUCUCAACCGCUGUUUAACCUGUGUUGCCAUGUUUUAUAGUUAUAUAAUUAACACCACGUUGGGUGUCUGUAUAUGGGUUGUUAGUAAAGCUUGUCUAUUCAUACUAAACUAUAAUUAUUGUUGUAUUUAAAUUAUUUUUAUUGUUAAGAUACACUAAAUCUAUCCUUUAUCUUAAUUCCAGUAUCGAUUUGUACAAUAAAUGAAUAAAAUAUUGUUCUUUA